AUAACCAUCAUUGGUGGAUCCAAUGGCGGCUUGUUGGUGGGCGCGUGCAUAAAUCAGAGACCAGAGUUGUUUGGUUGCGCUGUUUCACACGUUCCAGUUAUGGACAUGCUGAAGUUUCAUAAAUUUACCAUCGGCCAUGCAUGGACAACAGACUUUGGUUCACCCGAUAAGGAGGAGGAUUUCAAAUGGCUUAUCAAAUAUUCUCCUCUUCAUAACAUCAAGAUUCCCGAAAGUGGUGCCCAGUACCCUGCACUUCUACUGCUAACUGCUGACCAUGAUGAUCGUGUAGUCCCCUUACAUUCUCUAAAGUACAUCGCCCAAUUGCAACAUUGUGUUGGUAGUUACGAGAAGCAGACAAAUCCUUUGCUGAUCAGAAUUGAUACAAAAGCUGGUCAUGGGUUUGGGAAACCCACAGCCAAGAUUAUUGAAGAAUGUUCCGAUGUAUAUGGUUUCAUUUCACGAAGUGUUAACCUAAAAUGGCAAGACUGAUACGUACAAGAAAACUGCAGAGCAUUAUGAAAACAUGCUUAAAUGAAGCAGUUGUAUUCUUAGCUUGCAAUAAAUACCCU